AUGCACCCUUUCGAUCCCCUCACGCCGGAGGAGAUCUCCAGAGCCUCUGGUAUCGUUCGUCCGCAUUUUGGUGGGCAAGACCCCAACUUCCGGGUCGUUACUUUACAGGAACCCCCCAAAAAUCAUAUGAUACAAUUUCUCGAGAAAGAACAUCGUAAGCAACCUACAGGACCGGCGCCUACUCGCUGUGCGCGUGUCGAGGUUGUAGUGAAGGGCUACAAUAGGAACAAUGAGCUCUUCGAGUUACUUGUCGAUCUCGACCACGACAAGGUGGUCAAAAAACAACACCAGAAAGGCAAGCAUUCUUACAUCGAUGCUGCGUAUAUGAAAAGUGUGGAGGCGGCCUGUCUGGCCAACGAGGAAGUGCAAGCUGAAAUACGCGGCCUCGACCUCCCUCCUGGUUCCACUGUUGUGGUUGAACCAUGGGCGUAUGCCACUGAUGGAAUGAAUGACAUGACGCAGCGGGUCACAAUGUGUUGGUUCUAUCUCCGCUUGAUAGAAAAUGAAGAUGCAAACUACUAUGCAUACCCCCUUGACGUCUGCGCAGAGGUCUCAGAGCAAUUGGAAGUCACCAAAGUCUAUCGCUUGCCCACUUCCCCAGACGAGCGAAUUCACAAUAAACCGCGUCCAUUCGAUCGCCGCAGGAUUCACCCAACCGCAUUGAGUGAGUACCAUCCGGAUUUGAGACCGAAUCCGAGAACUACCACCAAGCCAUACCAAGUAGUUCAGCCGGAGGGUCCUUCAUUCCGGAUUCAGGGACAGCACGUGAACUGGGAGAAGUGGAGCUUCAGAGUUGGUUUCAACUAUCGUGAAGGAUUAACUCUUCACGAUAUCCGUUACGAUGGUCGAAGUCUCUUUUACCGCCUGUCCCUUGCUGAGAUGUUUGUGCCCUAUGGUGACCCGCGAGCCCCAUAUCCGCGCAAGGCCGCAUUCGAUCUGGGCAAUGAUGGAGCGGGAAUCAAUGCCAAUAAUUUACAGCUUGGGUGCGAUUGCCUAGGCACCAUCAAAUACUUCGACGGCUGGCAUAAUACGGCAUCUGGAGAGCCUAUGAAGCUACCUAACGUAAUAUGCUGCCACGAACAGGACGAUGGUAUCCUGUGGAAGCACACAAAUUUCCGGACGCAGAACGCCGUGGUUACCCGAGCCCGCAUCCUCGUAUUACAGACUAUUAUUACAGUCAGUAACUACGAGUACAUCUUUGCCUUCCAUUUUUCUCAGGACGCGUCGAUAAACUUCGAGGUGCGCGCCACUGGCAUCUUGUCAACAGUGCCUUUGGAAUUUGGCCUCAAGGAAAAAGUUCCCUAUGGCACCAUUGUUGCACCGGGAGUCUUGGCCCCUUAUCAUCAGCAUCUUUUCAGUCUCCGUAUUGACCCUGCUAUUGAUGGCCAAACGAACUCAGUGGUCGUUGAGGAAUCAAAAGCCAUGCCCGUCGGGGAUCAGUCUGUCCAUAAUCCAUUUGGAGUCGGGUACGUGACGGAAAACCGCAUCGUGGAGCAAGAGGGCGGGUUUGAUCUCGACUUCACCAAGAAUCGUGUCUUCAAGUUUGUCAACGAAAACAAUAUAAACCCGAUCACAAACACGCCAGUUGGAUUUAAACUUCUGCCCGCCUAUAGCCAAAUGCUUUUAUCUCAUCCAAAUUCAUACCACGCCAAGCGCUCCGAAUACUGUACGCAUGCAGUGUGGGUUACCAGCUAUGAAGACAAUGACCAUUUCCCAUCUGGGCAAUACACCAUGCAAUCCUCUGGUGGUGAUGGAAUCGCGUCGUCCAUCAACAAGCGCAAUGCUGCCGGUACUGCACAGUCAGUGCGGAACAGUGAUAUUGUCGUCUGGCAUACCUUUGGCGCGACCCAUAACCCACGAAUCGAAGACUGGCCGGUCAUGCCGAAUGAGAGGAUGUCGGUAGGCCUGAAACCCGUGAACUUCUUCUCCGGUAACCCAGGCUUGGACGUGGCCGUUUCGACCCAGGAAAAUAACAAGAGCGUUUUGGUUAAGGACGAGGAUGAUAAGACAGAUAACGUCUGCUGCCACUCAAGACUGUAA